CCGCAAAAGGGUCUACUGUUUAAGGGAAAGGGGAUUCUCUUGCUCUCUCUCUCUUCCUCACACCCUCUCUCUUGCUCACUGUGUUUGUCUGUCUCUCACCCCCUCCCUCUCUCUCUCUCUCUCUCCCUCUCGCUCUCUUUACUGGCUCCACAUCAGCCAGGGCUCUGUAGGUAGACUCCAGUCCACACUCUGAAGAAAGAGAGGGAAGACAGAAGUGUCAGCCACAGAGAGAUACAGCAUGGAGAGAAUGUGUGCCUGAGAAAGGCUCUUCAACACAACUGCUCUGCUGCUGCUGCGUCUCCCACUGCUGCUGCUGCUGCUGCUGCUGCUGCUCAUAUUUGACUCCGUGAGCUCUGUGAGAGUGAGGUCUAAAGACCAGAACACCAGUCUGCUCGACUCCACCUGUGGUCUCCAGCUUCUACUUCCGCAGAAGCUGCUGAGUCAACGUGUAGUCACCAUGUGGGUAAAAUAUUUCCUCUUAGGCUGUGUAGCCACAGCCUUGCUCUUCCAACUCUCCACCGCUGGCCUGGUUCGGGUCAUCCGUCACCGUAGAGAGACUCUGUCUCCCAAAUCAACACAGGAAAACCUGACACUGCCCAAUCCUGACCAGCCUGUGGUUUUUAACCAUGUCUACAACAUCAACGUUCCCACCACCUCCCUCUGCUCUGUGGAUCUGGACUCACCUGGGACCAUGGACUUGAAACACAAUACUGCCCCUAUAGAUAUGCAAAAUACAGAGCAAAUGGAACACACGAUGGAUGGCGAGAACCAGAUUGUCUUCACCCAUCGCAUCAACAUCCCCAAGCAGGCAUGUAAUUGCAACAACCAGCUGCCAGACAUGAAGGACAUCCUGAACAGGUUGGAGAUGCUGGAAGCUGAACUGUCCAGUCUGAGGGAGCAGUGCAGCAGUGGCUCAGGCUGCUGUGGAGCCCAGGUUACAGGGGAGGUUGCCACAAAGCCCUACUGCAACGGCCAUGGCAACUGGAGUGCUGAAUCCUGCAGCUGCACAUGUGAGCCUGGAUGGAGGGGCCCCAACUGCACAGAACCUGAGUGUCCCAACGACUGUCAGGACCAAGGGCGCUGUGUAGACGGUAAAUGUGAUUGCUUUGAAGGCUUCGACGGUGACGACUGCAGUGUGGAGGUCUGUCUGCUGGACUGCGGCGACUACGGUCACUGUGUUGAUGGCUCCUGCCUGUGUGAGGAGGGCUUCCUUGGAAAAGACUGUGCGGAUACCAACUGCCUCAACAACUGCCUGGGCCGUGGACGAUGUGUAGAGGAUGAGUGCGUUUGUGAUGAGCCAUGGACGGGCUUUGACUGCUCUGAACUCAUCUGCCCCAAUGACUGCUACGACCGUGGUCGAUGUGACAAUGGCACCUGUUACUGUGACGAGGGAUUCACCGGGGAAGACUGCGGCAAUCUCACCUGUCCUGGAAACUGUAACAAUCGUGGUAUGUGUGUGAACGGUCAGUGCAUGUGCCAGACGGGCUACAGUGGAGAGGACUGUUCAAAGUUGACCUGUCCCUCAAACUGUAAUGACAGGGGCCACUGCUUCAACGGAAAAUGCAUCUGUGAUCCAGGAUUCGAGGGUGACGAUUGCUCUAUCCUUUCCUGCCCUGAAAACUGCAACAACAGGGGGCAGUGUGUUAAUGGAUUAUGUGUUUGUGACAUUGGAUACCAGGGUGAAAACUGUGGUGAACUGUCCUGUCUCAACAACUGCCAUGACCAUGGCCGCUGUAUCGAUGGACAGUGCUUGUGUAAUAAGGGAUACUCUGGUGAGGACUGCAGCAUCAAGACCUGUCCCAAAGACUGCACAGGCCAUGGUGAGUGUAUUGACGGCAAGUGUGUGUGCUUCAUCGGCUUCACUGGUAAAGACUGUAGUGUGCUCACCUGCCUCAAUGACUGUCUCGACCAUGGACACUGUGUGCAUGGGAAAUGCGUUUGCCAUGAAGGCUUCACCGGUGAGGACUGCAGUGAGAAGACAUGUCCCAACAACUGUCUGGACAGGGGUUUGUGUGUAGAUGGAAAAUGUGUUUGCCAUGAAGGCUACACCGGUGAGGACUGCAGUGAGAAGACAUGUCCCAACAACUGUCUGGACAGGGGUUUGUGUGUAGAUGGAAAAUGUGUUUGCCAUGAAGGCUUCACUGGCGAGGACUGCAGUGAGAAGACAUGUCCUAACAACUGUCUGGACAGGGGUUUGUGUGUAGAUGGAACAUGUGUUUGCCAUGAAGGCUUCACUGGUGAGGACUGCAGUGAGAAGACAUGUCCCAACAACUGCCUGGACAGAGGGUUCUGCGUAGAUGGAACAUGUGUUUGCCAUGAAGGCUUUACCGGUGAGGACUGCAGUGAGAAGACAUGUCCCAACAACUGCCUGGACAGAGGGUUCUGCGUAGAUGGAACAUGUGUUUGCCAUGAAGGUUUCAUUGGUGAGGACUGCAGUGAGAAGACAUGUCCCAACAACUGUCUGGACAGAGGGUACUGUGUGGACGGGAACUGUGUGUGCUACGAGGGUUUCACCGGCCCUGACUGCUCCACACUGACCUGUCCAGGAGACUGUCAGAACCAGGGACGCUGUGAGAACGGAGUGUGCGUCUGUGAGGAGGGCUUCAUUGGAGAAGACUGUUCUGAAGUCUCUCCACCCAAGAACCUUAAAGUGGUGGAGAUCACUCCUGAGACAGUAGACCUGUCCUGGGAAAAUGAGAUGCGUGUUACAGAGUACCUGAUCACCUACAUGCCCACAGCAGCAGGAGGUUUGGAGUUGGACAUGAGGGUGCCUGGAGAUCAGAAGCUGGCCACUAUCAGGGAGCUGGAACCUGGCAUCGAGUACAUCAUCAACGUAUACGCCAUUCUUAGCAACAAAAGAAGUGUUCCAGUCAGUGCCAGAGUGGCCACACAUCUACCUGAGCCUGAAGGACUCAAGUUCAAGUCGGUUAGGGAGACCUCAGUGGAGGUUCAGUGGGAGCCGUUGAACAUUCCCUUCGAUGGUUGGAACCUCAUCUUUAGAAACACAAAAGAGGAGGACGGUGAGAUUCUUAAUGCUCUCGGUCGUCCAGAGACCACCUUUGAGCAAUCGGGCCUGGGCCCAGGCCAAGAGUACGAGGUCAAGUUAGAGGUGGUGAAGAACAACAAGCGCGGACCGCCUGCCUCCAGGAACAUUGUCACAAAGAUUGACGCCCCAGGCCGAGUGGACGUACGAGAUGUGACAGACACAACAGCUCUGGUGACCUGGUUCCAGCCUGUGGCCCAUGUGGACAAGGUCAGCGUUUCAUACGGGCCCAGCUCGGACCCAUCUGAUCGCAGUGUGGUGGACCUGUCUUCAACUGACACCCAGUAUCACCUGGGAGGUCUGGUGCCCGACACUCAAUAUGAGGUGUCUCUGACUGGACAGAUGGGAGAAAGGAGCAGUAUUCCUGUUUACAAAUCCUUCCUCACAGACCUGGAUGCCCCCAGGAAUCUGCAGACAGUGGACGUGACAGAUGAAAGCAUCACUCUGGAAUGGAGGAACAGUCAAGCUCACGUGGACAACUAUCGUAUCAAGUAUGGACCUCUGUCUGGAGGAGAACAUGGUGAACUGCUGUUUGGUCCCGGUCCAAAGGACACCACACAGGCCAAGAUCACAGGACUCAGACCGGGGACAGAAUAUGGAAUGGGAGUCACAGCGUUGAAAGACGAGCGGGAGAGUCUGCCAACGACCACCAAUGCAGUGACUGCCUUGGAUGCUCCGAAGGACCUGACAGCGACAGAGGUGACAGAAACCACCAUUGUGCUAGAGUGGAAGCGACCUCUGGCCAAGUUUGACCACUACAGACUCAUCCACGUGUCCGCUGACGGUCAUAGAACAGAGGAAAAUGUCCCAGGAAGCUCCGACACUCACAUCUUAACAGGUUUAACGCCUGGAAUGAUGUACACCAUCAGCAUCACUGCAGAGAGAGGUCGCAGGAGCAGCGUACCGUCCACAAUCUCCGCACCGACAGAGGAGGAGAAGCCUGUGGUGACCAACAUAACCAUCAGUGAUGUGUCCUGGGACAGUUUCCUCUUGUCCUGGACAGCAGAGGAUGGUGCAUUUGAUUCCUUUCUGGUGGAGGUCUCUGAUGCAGAAACAGGUGCUGAGUGGCAGAACCACACUCUGCCCUCUGAAGCUCGUAGCCUCUCUGUCUCUGGCCUUGCACCCUCCACCUGGUACAGAGCUAAUCUGUACGGUGUGUUCAGAGGUCUCCUCUUAGAUCCCGUCUUUGCAGACACCAUCACAGAAACGGAGCGUGUGGUAGAGGCUCUCCUGGUCUCGGAUGUCACCAGUGACACCUUCAGACUGGACUGGGUGACUGAAGAAGACGCCUUUGACACUUUUGUCCUCAUGGUCAGUAAGGCAGAGGGCGCCGGUGAACCACGAGAGCUGGUGUUGGGUGGUGACGAGCGAUACGCAGUCAUGACUAACUUCUCUGAAGACACAGUAUAUAAGAUCCAGAUCUUUGGGCUGGUUGCUGGACGAGGCUCCCAGUCUGUGACGGAGUGGGUGAGAACAGACCUGGGUGCUCCAAAAGGAAUUCGCUUCUCUGAUGUCACUGACACCUCCGCUACUGUUCACUGGGCAGUUCCUAGAGCCCGGGUUGACAGUCACCAGGUCACAUAUGUGCCAGCUCACGGAGGCCACGCCAAGACUCUGACUGUGAUCAACGAUGAGUCUCACACUGUUUUGUCCAACCUGACGCCCGGGGUGACCUACCAGGUCACUGUGAUUGCUGUCAAAGGUCAGAGGGAGAGUGAGCCUGGGUCAGAUAGUCUCACCACAGCUCUGGAUAAACCUCGGGGUCUGAAUGCAGUCAACAUCACAGACACUGGAGCUCUGUUGCUUUGGCAACCAAACAUCGCCAACGUGGACGGCUACGUCAUCACCUACAGCGCUGACUCUGUGGCUCCUGUGAUGGAGCGUGUCUCAGGAAACGUGGUGGAGUUCGAGAUGAACUCUCUGACCCCUGCUACCCACUACACUGUCAAAAUCUAUGCUGUCAGAGAUUUGGCUAAAAGUGCAGCCACGACCACAGACUUCAUCACCGAUGUGGACGCUCCUCAGGAACUGACUGCCACUAACAUUCAGACUGAAACCUGCAUGUUGACCUGGAGACCUCCUCGUGCCGACAUCACUGGUUACAUCCUCAGCUACUCGUCUGCAGACGGUAGCAUCAGGGAGGUGGUGCUCAGUCCCACUGCUGUGUCAUACAACAUGGCUCAGCUCAGUGCUUCCACGGUGUACUCAGUCAGACUUCAGGCUAUUGCUGGACCAAAGAGGAGCAGAAUCAUCAACACCGUCUUUACCACUAUUGGUGUGUUGUACAGAUACCCCAGAGACUGCUCCCAGGCUCUCCUGAAUGGUGAAACAUCAUCUGGUCUUUACACCAUCUAUCAGAGCGGAGAUGAGAACCAACCACUGCAGGUUUACUGUGACAUGAGAACUGACGGAGGAGGAUGGAUCGUUUUCCUCAGACGUCAAAGCGGAAAGUUAGAGUUUUUCCGUAACUGGAAGAACUACACAGCUGGAUUUGGUGACAUGAACGAUGAAUUCUGGCUCGGUUUGUCCAACCUUCAUAAGAUCACAGCUGGAGGUCAGUACGAGCUGAGAGUCGACCUGAGAGAUAAAGGGGAAACAGCCUACGCUCAGUACGAUAAGUUCUCUGUUUCUGAGCCUCGGACCCGAUACAAAGUACAUGUAGGAGGAUACAGUGGAACAGCAGGUGACUCCAUGACCUACCACCACGGCCGGCCUUUCUCCACCUACGACCACGAUAAUGACAUUGCUGUCACCAACUGUGCUCUGUCCUACAAAGGAGCCUUCUGGUAUAAAAACUGUCACAGAGUCAACCUGAUGGGAAGAUACGGAGACAACAGCCACAGCAAGGGUGUGAACUGGUUCCACUGGAAGGGCCAUGAACACUCGAUUGAGUUUGCCGAGAUGAAAAUCAGGCCCUCCAACUUCAGAAAUCUGGAGGGAAGGAGGAAACGCUCAUAGACCUCCACCAUCAUCAACCCAGCCACUAAUAUUCACUCCUUCUCCGUCUGGACUCCAACCCCUCCUGAAACACCCACAUUUUUAACACAUUUCCACCCAGCAGCAACCAAAGCCACUGCCAGGAGUCCCCCCUACCCCUCUCCUUCCCACCCCCCACUUCCUCAACAUUUAUCCUCCUCCAACUGUGAGUCUGGACCCCCACCGCACCCCAUUAUCCUCUAAUGUAAUGAUGCAAAAUGCAUGUGUUAAACUGGAAUUCAACUCAAGCCACGUAGAUUCAAAUCAUGCACCAAAGAGAGCAGGAAAAAUGCUCUAGCUCACCACUUCCUGUUUCCUGCCACGUCCUUCAGAACACGUGAAGACAAGCUUGGACAUUUCCUUACACACCGGGUAACUUGCAAUGCCAUGGUUGUGUAUCUAAUAAAUCAAAGUGAGAACAGUGAUCAUUUAUGUGGAUUCAUGGAGUCAUUCCUCUGCGCAGUAUUGUUCACCAGGGACGGAAAUUAAUUACUCAUUAAUUAAAGGGGGCUGUCAUGACCCUGUGUUUCUCUAGGAGUCUUUUUUGGACCAUUGCAUGGAUAAUAAUGAACAAUUUGACUGUCUAUUCUCAAAGUACAAAAAGAAAUGUAGCCCUGACCUUAGUGUCCUGCCUUGGGGGAAGAGAUAAGGUUUUUUAAAUGCCCAUUUAGCCACAUUUAACGUUUUGUAUUACCAUUUUUAUUACCUUCUUAUAUAGGAAAAUAAUUUACUUGCAUUUUGUGAAUUGGCAAGCUAAUUAGCAUAGCAACUGCCACUUUUGCUGCCAGCCCUAAUCUAAAUUAUAAAUCCUCACUUUUUACAUGCAAAGGAAGCCUGUGGAAACCUUACAGUUGGAUUUUACAUCAAUCCAAUUAAGUAUUUUCCAUCUAGCACCGAUAUUAAACAAACAAACAAACAAACAAACAAACAAA